AUAAAAUCGGACGUCGAGUCACAGGAGACAUUCAGUGCGACUCUAAACUUCAUAUCGUCUACUUAGAAUUUCGAUCAUCGAGAGUCACAGAAAUGCAGGACAACAGGUUUUUUAUCUUCGUGAUCCUUUUGGCAUUUUCUACGUCUCUUAAUCUUGCUAGAUGCUCGGUCGGCCAGCACUUCGAAUCCACCAGAGAGGGUCAAAAAUUGAAAAUCAAUGAUAGACGUUCCGCUGGAUUGGUGGCAUAUCCAAGAAUCGGCCGAAAUUCGGAAAUAGCGAAUUUUCCUAGAAUGGAGCGUGCUUUUGGAAUAAUACAUAAGCCCCGAAUCGGACGAUCCGAUGAAUCGAGCAAUUUGAAUCGAUUUCAGGAUUUAUCAGCUGAUGCCGAUAUGGAGUUCUACAUUCCACGCGAUGUGGAAUCUGAAGUUCUUUUAAAUCUUGAUGAAGAUUACGCAGAUAGACCGAUAGCAUUUAAACAUGCUGACAAAAUUCAGAAAGACGAUGCCUGGUUAAUGCCCGAUCAUGUACAUGGAUACAAGGAUCUUCGUUUCGUACAAAAAAUCGACAAUCCUCGAUAUUACUCUAUUUUACGAGGUUCUCGAAAUAGUCAAGGUCAAGGAGGAUACACUCCGAGACUAGGUCGCGAGAAUGAACACGACGCAAUGAGUUUCCUGUAACUUGCCAUCUUUGAUCACGAUUCGCGCCUCGCGAAUUUGACGGAUAUUGACUUGAGACAAA